UUGUUUAUAAGUUGUAGUGUUUUAGGAUGCAAAAGUCGCACUGAACGAAAAAUUUGUGGAAUAACUUUUCACUCAUUUCCCUUUAAUACUGUGACAAAAUCGAAAUGGCUAGAGGCCACUGGAAGGCAAAACUGGCAGCCAACAAAGUAUUCCAAAAUAUGUUCAAUUCAUUUUAAUGCUGAUGCAUUCAUAUUUACUAAAAAAUUGUACUACUAA